AUGGUUGAUACGAUCAAUGAUUACGUCAUGUCUCUGAUGUCUAGCAAGGGUAUUUGCAAAGAAGAUGGACAAGUGGACCUUGAUGAACAAGUAUUCUCGGUUGAAUAUCUCAAUACAAUCAAGUGUUCAGGAUUACCGAGUCAUGAAAUUAAAUUGAAAGAAGGAUGCAUAAUAAUGCUUCUCAGAAAUAUUGAUCCAUCUAAUGAGCUUUGCAAUGACACCAGGCUGAUAGUAACUCAACUUGGGGAAUGCGUAAUUGAAGGCAAACUCAUUUCAGGAAAAAAUUCGGGCAGGAAGUUUCCCAUAGCUAGAAUGAUUAUGAGUCCAUCAGAUUUCGCUAAAUUUCCAAUUCGGUUUCAGAGAAGGCAAUUUCCUGUGAGUGUUUGUUUUGCUAUGACAAUAAAUAAAAGCCAGGGACAAUCUCUUUCAAAUGUAGGAUUAUACCUACCGAAACCAGUUUUUAGUCAUGGACAACUCUACGUGGCAAUCUCAAGAGUCACUAGAAAAAGAGGUUUAAAGAUUUUAGUAUGUGAUGAGAGUGGUCAUACGCAAGACACAACAACUAAUGUUGUGUAUGAUGAAAUUUUCGAUAGAUUAUGAGGUUGAUUUGAUAUGUGCGUGCUGCUUGUGCUUGGAGGGAAGAAAGGUACAAUAAAUCCCAUCAUAUUUUUCCAUGUUCAUAGAUAAAAUAUGUUAUAUAAG